AUGAAAAUGCUGAAUCCGCAACGCAGAGCUCGGCUGGAACGCCGGAUGGUUGGCUCAACAAACCGGUGGCGUUUUCCCUCAAAGCCCUUCUCCGGAGACCUGCUGGGGCUUUCGCAGAGGUGCAAGGCUUUGAGCGUGGACCUUGAUGAGGCUCUGAAGAACCCAGACAGGUUAUGUGUUUCACAAAUUCAGAAAAUUUUCUCUGAGACCUCGAAGAACAAGCCUGUCCAAAGCAGGGAGGCAGACGUGAUUCUCGAAUGUCUGGGCUCCAGAUGGGAACUCCAUCAGCCCCAGCUUUUCCAGUCCAAGACCUUGAGCAAGCUCUACCUGAUGGCGCUGGCCCAGAGCACCAAGAGGCCCACAAAGGAACUGGAGAGUCUUCUGCGAGCUCAGCUGCCUGGGAAGAUCAAGGAAAGACCCCCCACGAAGAAGAUGAUCAUUUCCUUGAAGAUCAAUGACCCCGUGGUCACUAAAGUUGGCUUCGCCAUGGCCCUGAAGAGCCUCUACCUGAGCCAGGUGGAGAUGAACGUCAACGACGUGCUGGCCGUGCUGGCUUCCGCACACGUUCUCCAGAUCAGCAGCCUGUUUCAAAGGUGUGUGGCCGUGAUGAUGAAGGGACUCACGCCAAGCACCGUCAAGAGCUUUUACCUGGCCGGCUGCAAGUACAAGGAAGAGCAGCUCACCACGGCCUGCGAGAAGUGGCUGGAAAUGAACUUGGUCCCUCUGGUAGGGACACAGAUCCACCUCCGGAAAAUCCCGCAGGAGCUGCUUCACAGAGUGCUGCGGUCCCCCAGGUUGUUCACUUUUAAUGAGUUUCAUCUUCUGAAAACGCUACUUUUGUGGGUCUUCUUGCAACUGAACCCCAAAGUGCAGACAGUUCCUGUGCAGGAAACGGUGCUGGCAUUUUUUACCAGCUUCUCCAGGAAGUGUUCCUUUCUGGAUCAGGACACGGGACAGAGCUUGGUGCCACUUUUCCUUUGCCUGCGCCUGCACGGCAUCAUCAAAGAGCGGCGUCCCCUCCAGGUCACUUGCUCCGUGGUUGGGGAGGAGACUCCGGGUCUGUGCGCCAGACCUGGCUUUCUCAGCCUCCUGCGCUGGGCCUGGGGGAAGGCAUCUCUGGAGAGUGGGGGUGACAUGGCCCACGUUAAAGAUCUUACCACCCAGGCUGUGAGAUUCGGGCUGCUCUUUAACCAGGAGUAUACAACUCAUUCGGAAGUGAUCGCCAUAUACGGAUUCUUCUUCGAGAUAAAGGGAGUCAGACAUGAUACUACCUCUUACAGUUUUUACAUGCAGAGAGUGAGGCACAGUGACGUGGUCUGCGAGCACGGCCCCGUCAGCCUGCGGGCGGAACGCCUGGUGAAGUACGAGAUCAGAGCCCAGACCCUGGUGGACGGCCAGUGGCAGGAGUUCAGGACCAACCAGAUCACCCAGAAGUUUGGGUUCUCCAAGCCGUCCUGCAAAAGCCACGCCUUGAAAAUCCACACCGUGGGCCUUCCAAUCUAUGCAAGUUUUUCAUUCAUCUUCCCAAUGUCUUGA